AUGAAGACCGAUGGCGAAAAGGUAGCAGCAGCGAUGCAACAUUUUUGCCCCCGCAGGGAUUUCGUCCAGAAGGCGAAAUCCCGAGGAGGCACUCUAGUAACUCGCGCGUAUAUUAAGGAAAGUACUUACAGUUAGAAUAUACAGUCAGUAUGAAAAAAAAAUCUCGAUUUGCUUGAAGAGGGGCCGCGAGGAAUCGGUAGGUAAUGAUGACUAUUGUUUGCGCCCGCAAGUACGAAAUGGUUAGGAUGACGUAAAGACAGAAAAUCUCGAGGGGACCGGUUAGGUAGAUUUUGUGACAUUUAUUGUGCAGUCAUACUUCGAUACUCUUUUGCGUUACGUGUUAUCAGUGACAUUCUGUGGAGCAGUUGUUUUGAAAGUUAUGACGUGUUAUGGACCAAAAGACACUCGUUAAGCGCAGAUGAAGUUCUAAGGUGCGUAUAACUGUGUACAUAUAUGGAGAGUUUGCCAGACACGAGUUCACAAUUUUUUGAUUGGAAACCUUGCCAGACACUCUUUCUCUCUCUUUGACCGGAAUAAGACUCAGCCCCAAACAAGCAAGACGAGUGAACAACGGCUAGCUUAUCACUAGCAGAACGAUGGACGAUUACAGAAAUUCGCUGACAAUCAAAUUCUGUGCUGACUUAUUCCCUGCUCACAGAUCAUGUCCUUCCGCUAUAAAAUUUAAAAUAAGACUAGAAUGCGCGAGCGUUAAUUGAUCAAACGUCCUUUUAAUUUCUAAGGCUUACUUUCCGGCAAAUAAAAUGAACGGAAUGUAAAAAGUGAAAGAGAAAUAGCGAAAAAUUCAACUUCUAAUUAAAUCUUUUCGUAUGGUUUAGAAUAAACUAUUCUCGAAACUGAGAAUGUUUUGAUCAAAGCUGUGUAAAUCGAAUUGAAACUGUGCAUGGAACCUUGCGUUUCCUGUAUUUAUCUCACCUAUCGUAUGGAAUAUGUGUGAAAAUCUUCAUUAUGAAUCGGUAUAUUUCAAAGAGCUACACAACGAGCAAGAAUACUAUUGACCGACAAUAUAUUCAAACGGAGGCAGCUGCUGUGUCAACUGUUACUAGUAGUAUUCAUUGGCUCCAAUCCCUCGACUAAUUCUUCAUAACCAACCGCCGUUUUAAUACCAUAUUUGGAAGAUGUAGGACUGAAUAUGCAUGAUCGAUUCUAUGGUAUAUUGCCUAUUAUUAAAAACUGACUCAUUGGAUAAUGCAAUUCUAGUGCUCUGAUUGGCUUAGCCAUCAUGGUACAUGAGCCAUUAUACCAUGCUCUCCAAAUAUGGUAAGAGUACGCGUCUGCUCAAAAUUAAAAACAAGCUGAAAAUCGGUUGUUUUUACAAAUAAAGUUGGGGAGAAUUCUCGAUACUGUUUUGUGGGCGUUUUUGAUGAAACAAUUAUUCUACUCGCCCUUGCUGGAUAUGAGAUGAUUAUAGCCAUCUCGGCGCUACGCGCCUCUUUGGCUAAUCUACCAUUUCAUAUCCAACGCGCACUCGUGGAAUAAUUGUUAAAUGACCCAUCGAUCAACCUCGAGCAGUUUCCUUUAAACUAUUUUUUGCUAAAAUUGCGACCGAGAAUUGCUAGCAAAUCAGUUUUGCGACNGUACAUGAGCCAUUAUACCAUGCUCUCCAAAUAUGGUAAGAGUACGCGUCUGCUCAAAAUUAAAAACAAGCUGAAAAUCGGUUGUUUUUACAAAUAAAGUUGGGGAGAAUUCUCGAUACUGUUUUGUGGGCGUUUUUGAUGAAACAAUUAUUCUACUCGCCCUUGCUGGAUAUGAGAUGAUUAUAGCCAUCUCGGCGCUACGCGCCUCUUUGGCUAAUCUACCAUUUCAUAUCCAACGCGCACUCGUGGAAUAAUUGUUAAAUGACCCAUCGAUCAACCUCGAGCAGUUUCCUUUAAACUAUUUUUUGCUAAAAUUGCGACCGAGAAUUGCUAGCAAAUCAGUUUUGCGACAGAUUGCGUGCAAUCCUGGAUAUAAGCGAACAGCUGACCUGGUUUAAGGAAAGUAACUAAACAGCUUUUAAACAAUUAGCUGAAAGGAAGCGAACAUACCGUCAGCUUUUGGCUGGGGGUACAGGUAAAAUAUCAUAUUUGGAAAUUGCUAAUCCAUACUGGACUGCACGGUAUGGGAGUCUGUUGUGUAAACCAUUCCGGCUCAUGUUUAAAAUUAGCUGUUAGGUAAAUUUUAAGCUUUGGUAUGAAUGGGGCAAACGGCGUGAUUUCAAUCCAGUACAAUCCUUGGCGCACGUUUUUUUAAUAGCGCACGAACAAAACGUUUAUUUUCUGAAAUGUUGAUAGUUUCAGAUGAAUUGUUAGUUUUACAAUGAAGGAGCAAUGAAUUUUUGUACAGAAAUUGAUUUUAUUUAAUUUUUACCCUUUUUGGCAUAUUUCCUACCAUACUAAUGUUGCGCAAAAGUGGGUAAUCUCAGAUAGCCCGUGAGGAGAAUCUUGUGUGCCGCUCGCAAAAUUGUUACCGCUAAGAUUUCUUACAAGAAUAGGGCUUUACUGAUAAACCAUGAGGCUAAUAUGGCUCGAUUUCGGCUGAGUUCCUUUUUAUUUGCGUUUUUUAUGUACCGAGACCGAGUUGCGGUCCAUAAAAACGCGAAAAAGAACCGGCCCAGUAUCCAUUCCUCUUGACCGAAGAUUUGGUAAAUCAAGGAUUUAUUACAUGGCCAAAAGGAAAUUGUUUCUCGCACAGACCACAGGAUUCGUUUCAUCUUGACGGGUCGUAAAACGGCCAGUCAUACAAUGUAGCCUCUUCACACUGGCUCACUAGUACACCGAGAUGGCGGCGAUUGACCAUCAUCUCAGCGAAAUGUUUAGAGGAAUCUCGCCAUGUCACGUCAUUUACCUGGCUGGGGUAUUUAUUACAUUAUUUUAAUUCUUACCAGGCGUUUGAUUGUCUUCGCCUAGAUAUUCUCAAAACUACUUGGGGAGGGGGAGGAGGUUGGAUGUAGUUGACCCCCAGGGCCCAGAAUGCCAAACUGGAUAGUCUUACAAACUUUUGGAGCAGAAUGUGACUGCUGUGAUGUCAUGUAAAAAACAGUUUGUUAAUUGACGAUCUAUCAUUCUUUAUCUGUUUAGAAUACCUUUCAUUACGAUUCAAAAUUGUGGACCAACAGGAAGAACUAUAAACCCUCUGCGGGAAAGACCCUGCUUGAUAAUCAAGAAACAAAAUUACCCACGUACUGGAGAACACCAUUCACUAAGAUCUGCCUCGCUAUGAAGAUUGACCACCAAGUUAAUUCGAUCGUCAUCAACAGACAAGCCAACUCCUUACACUCCCUGAUCGCUGACGGAAACUACCGUUCGACGUCACUGGGUCGUGACACCUGGAAGAAGCUGAUUGGCCAACAGGCAUCGCUACAGAGAAAUUGUAACCACGAAGGGUUCAAUUGUCCCGGGCGGCGAUACACUAGCAUUGUGAAAGCAAGAAUAGGUAUCAUAGGUAACCAAGAAAACAACUGUUAUACCCCUGACUCAUUCAUUGGGUUUGGUACUUCUUUUGAUCGUCAUUAUGAUAACAACACCUGUGGAAACGGGGUAGCCUGGGGUGCAGACAAUGGUGACAAAAACAUUAAAGCGAUGGGCUACAUCCUGGUUCAAUGA